GACGCGGAGGACGGCGCGGAAGCGGACCGCGUCUUCAACUGUGAGGACGGGCUCGAGAACUGGCAGUGGGAGUGGUCGCCCGUGAAAAUGGACUGGUGCUGCAAGUGGAAGAACCAAGGCUGCAGCACUCCGUCGACGACCUCGCCAGAGAGGCCACCGCCGACGGCCUCGCCCACGCCCGCGCCGACGCCCGCGCCGUCCGCCGCGCCCACGCCAGAGCCGGAGCCCGAGCGCGAGGCGGCCGUGCCGCUGGGUGCGCCGAAGAAGGCGGCGGCCGUGGCGGCGGCGCAGCCGCCGUACGACUGCGAGGCGGGGGGGGCCGCCACGUGGGAGUGGAUCUGGUCGGCCGAGCAGCGGGACUUCUGCUGCAAGGAACAUGGCCAGGGCUGCACGACGACUGCGCCGCCAGGCGCGGGGGAGCCGCCGCACGUGGGGCGCCCGUUCGAGUCGAGCGCCACUGGCCUGGCGGACCGCGAGGUGUCUGUCGAGGGCCACACGCGCCGCUUCUCGUUGUACGUGCCCGUGCCCUGUGGCUCCACAGGAGGCUCUAUGCCGCUGUGGGUGCUCGCGCCGGGCACCGGCAACGACCCCGAGACUCAGCUCCGCAUGUCUGGCCUCGUGCCCCUGGCGGACCGCCGACACUUCGUUGUGGCGGCCCUGAGGGGCAAGGGGGACUCGAUGAACGUCGAGGCGCACGCGCGCGCCGACGACGGGGGGCCGGACGACGUGGCGUACGCGCUGGCCGUGGUGCAGGAGGUGCGAAGGAGCUCCUGCAUCGACGGCCUCCGGGUCUACUGCGCCGGCUUUUCUCGGGGUGCGCGGUUCUGCUCCCGGGUGGCUUCCGAACUGUCGGGCACCUUCGCCGCCGUCGCUGGUGUCGCCGGCCUCCGCUACCCGCAGCCCAACAACGCAACCCGACCGGUGCCCGUGCUGGCGGUCCACGGCACAGGGGACUCCAUCAAUCCGUAUUUCGGUGGUGACGAGGACUCUGCGGACUACUGGCACUCGUCUGUGCCCGUUGCGGUGUCGCAGUGGGCCAAGUUCAAUGACUGCGACCGGAAGGAUUCGGCGAGGCCCAGCGCUGGCGUCACGGUGGAGGUGCGCUCCGGUUGUGCGGCAGGGGCCGACGUGGUGCUGUUCACCAUCGAGAACGGAGGACACACGUGGCCUGGAUCCGACUACGACUUCGAGCCGGAGAUGGGCCACGUCACGCACGAAAUCGACGCGAGCGACGUCAUCGCGAAGUUCUUUGCGGGCCACGCCCUUGAGGCCGACCAGAAGCAGCCCGCGGGCUGGUCGCCGCCGGCGCCAGAGGAGGAGCAGCCGCGGACUGGCGCGGGACAGGAGCGCCCGACAACCUGCGGGAUGAUCUACGCGAAGAUGGGGGAACACAUCCUGCACUUCCGCUACAAGAAGGCCAGGCAGGACGCGCCAGAGGCCGAAGGGAUUUUGCACACUGCGUUGGCCCUGAGCAGCCCGUGGCUGAAGCUGGACCCUGCGGAACUGCGAGGGCUGGGUCCGCCUCGGCCGUUUCUGUGCAGCUACGAUUACUCGCGCGCCUUCCCCUCGGUCUUCCAGGAUUGGCUGUGGUGGGUGCUGGAGGAGUGGGAGAUCCCGCAGCCCCUGCUGAAUGGGCUCCAGAUGCAAUACAGCGAGGUCCGUGCCCUGGACUCCGGGCCGACGCGCGAGGAGCUCUUCCGUGUGCGCAGCGGGGUGCUGCAAGGUGACCCUGCUUCGGGAUCCCUGUACGCGGCUGGAGAGCACCCGUUCUGCCAGGACAUGGCCAAGCACCUGGAGGGGCGGCGCCGUGGCAUCGGCCGCUGGUGCGCGGACGACCUCCUCACGGUCACGCUCCAGCUGGUCGGACUUCGCGUGGUCGGGAGGAUCAUGAAGGCCUCGGCGCUGCUCGCCAACCUGGUCCUGAAGGAGGAGAAGUGCGUCUGCGUGCCCCUCUGGGCACCCCUCUCGGCGGAGGUGGAGGAGGAAGCGCGCCAGAUCCUCGGCUCCGUCUCCGAGCGGUGGCGGCUCUUCCGCGUCGCCCCGAUGGCGAAGGCGCUCGGGGUCCUCCUGGGCCCAGCAGCGUCGACGGACCUCCAGCGGGCGCCAACGCUGGAGAAGUGGGAAUGGCGCGCCGGGCAGAUUGCCGCUGCCCCCUACGAUGCACAGACGGCGGUGCAGGUCUACCACGAGAGGGCCCUGGCGGUCGCCUCGUACAAGGCGCAGCUCAUCCCGCUGCCGAAGCGCCUGCCCAAGGCAGAGCACCACGUGCUUUGUCGGCUGCUGCGGGCGCUGGGCAGCUGGUUCGGACUCUUGGAUUCCUCGGCCCUGGACCUGCUCGCUUUGACCCCGAUACACCUCCUUGGGGACCUCUGCGCAGCGGCCCGCGUGCGCACCGCCACGCAGACCUUGGUGACGUGGCGCGCGAUGGCGCGGGCCCUCCGCGAGACGGCAGCGCGGUGCCUUUCGCUCGAGGCCCUCGGCCGAGGGCUCGCGUGGCAGGGCUUCUGGGAAGCGAGGCCCCUUGCCGUGCUCCUGGAGGAGGCGGCGACGCUGCUGGGCUCGGAGACUGCCCUGAGGGUCGCGUCGCUGGAAGCCGAGGCGCGGCGCUGUGAGGGGAGGCGGCCCCGUCUUCAGGCCGCGCUGAUGCGCGCCCUCGCGCUGCCCGAUCGACGCUCGGGCCUGGCUGCGAGGAGGCUAUUCCAGGUGAAGACGCUAUUCCCUGUGAAGACGCUAUUCCGGGUGAAGACGCUAUUCUGGGUGAAGAUGCUAUUCCCGGUGACGACGCUAUUCCGGGUGAAGACACGAUCCGGGGUGAAGACGCUAUUCCGUGUGAAGGCGAUAUUCCGGGUGAAGACGCUAUUCCGGGUGAAGGCGAUAUUCCGGGUGAAGACGCUAUUCCUGGUGAAGACGCUAUUCCCGGUGAAGACGCUAUUCCCGACUGAGACGCUAUUCCCGGUGAAGACGCGAUUCCCGGUGAAGACGCUAUUCCCUGUGAAGACGCUAUUCCGGGUGAAGACGCUAGUCCAGGUGAAGACGCGAUUCUUGGUGAAGGCUCUAUUCCAGGUGAAGGCUCUAUUCCAGGUGAAGGCGUUAUUAUCGGUGAAGACACUGUUCCUGGUGACGACGCUAUUCCGGGUGAAGAUUCUAUUCCAAGGGAAGACGCUAAUCCUGGUGAGGACGCUCGUGUGA